AUGAGGUCCCCGGUUCACAACCUGGUCCCACACGACGGCGAUGAGGGCACGGACAGCACGCCCCUCUUGCAAGGCUCCCGGCAGGCCGAAGCUGCUCCGGGGUGCUGCUCUGCUCGUUACAACUUAGCAGUGUUGGCCUGUUUCGGUUUCUUCAUUGUCUAUGCAUUGCGUGUGAACCUGAGCGUUGCAUUAGUGGAUAUGAUAGAUUCGAAUACAACUUUAGUAGAGAACAGUACUUCCAAUGAAUGUCCAGAACAUUCUGUUACCCCAAACCCUCUUCAUAAUCAAACGGGUAAACAGUAUCACUGGGAUGCAGAAACUCAAGGAUGGAUUCUUGGUUCAUUUUUCUAUGGCUACAUCAUCACACAAAUUCCUGGAGGAUAUCUUGCCCGCAAAGUCGGGGGUAAACUGCUACUAGGAUUUGGGAUCCUUGGCACUGCUGUCUUCACUCUGUUUACCCCCCUGGCUGCAGAUUUAGGAGUUGGAUAUCUCAUUGCAGUCAGAACACUAGAAGGGCUAGGAGAGGGUGUUACAUUUCCAGCCAUGCAUGCCAUGUGGUCUUCCUGGGCUCCCCCUCUUGAAAGAAGCAAGCUUCUUAGCAUUUCAUAUGCAGGAGCACAACUUGGGACAGUAAUUUCUCUUCCUCUUUCUGGAGUAAUUUGCUUCUACAUGGAUUGGAUUUAUGUCUUCUACCUCUUUGGUGUAAUUGGAAUAUUUUGGUUUAUUUUAUGGAUCUGGUUAGUUAGUGACACACCAGAAACUCACAGGACAAUCACCCAUUCUGAAAAGGAAUACAUUGUUUCAUCAUUAAGAAAUCAGCUUUCUUCACAGAAAUCAGUGCCGUGGAUUCCCAUGCUAAAGUCACUGCCACUUUUUGCUAUUGUAGUUGCACAUUUUUCAUACAAUUGGACUUUUUAUACUUUAUUGACAUUAUUGCCUACUUACAUGAAGGAGAUCCUAAGGUUCAAUAUUCAAGAGAAUGGGUUUUUAUCUGCAGUGCCUUAUUUUGGCUGUUGGUUAUGCACAGUAUUGUCAGGUCAAGCUGCUGACAAUUUAAGAGCUAAAUGGAAUUUUUCAACUAUAUUUGUACGCAGAAUUUUUAGCCUUGUGGGGAUGAUUGGACCUGCAGUAUUCCUGGUAGCAGCUGGAUUUAUUGGUUGUGAUUAUUCUUUGGCUAUUGUGUUCCUAACCAUAUCAACAAGCCUGGGAGGCUUUGCCUCGUCUGGAUUUAGCAUCAACCAUCUGGAUAUUGCUCCUUCGUAUGCUGGUAUCCUUCUGGGCAUAACAAAUACAUUUGCCACUAUCCCAGGAAUGAUUGGACCUGUCAUUGCUAAAAGUCUGACUCCUAAUAACACUAUAAAAGAAUGGCAAACUGUUUUCUGUAUCGCCGCUGCUAUUAAUGUAUUUGGUGCAAUGUUCUUUACACUAUUCGGCAAAGGUGAAGUACAAAGCUGGGCGCUCAGUGACCACCAUGGACACAGAAACUGA